CUAUCAAUUGCUUCGCUGCAUCUUUAUUUGACAUUUUGUCGUAAAGUUUCAAGUUUCGGAAGGGAUUUUCGAAAACCCAAUUCGAUCCAGCAGAGGCCGGUGCUGCUGAAAGAUUUUCUGAUGGACGAUCUCAGCUCCUGCUCAUCCAACGGCUUCAAAUCCUUCCCUCGCCGCCAGUGCUGCACAACCACCGUCCGUUUCCUCCUCGACAUCGAAUUCAAGAGCUCAUCGUCGUCGUCUCAACUGUCCACUGACAAGUAUCCCAGUAAAAUUACUCCUCAAAAGCCAGUCCUCCACCGAAGCCGGUCCAGAGCCGCCGCCGCUUGCGAUGCCGUCAUUAACGCCGUCAAGAGCAUCCCUUCCUCCCCGUCCGUACGGAGAGGAGUGGUCUUGCUUCUUCCGAAAAGCCUUUCCCGGCGGCUGCGGAGGAAGAGAUUCUGGAAAAAACAGAGCAAGGAAGAGAAGAAAGAAGAGAAUGACAUCGGACGGUGGAGAUUGUUCCGUGAGUUUCUCCACGACGAACCUCCGUCGUCCGAUCAAAACACCACCACCACAGCCAAAACCGCAGUCACAGUCUCCACACAUUCUACCAGUACCAGAAGCAGUGGAAAUGAUAGUAACACUAGCAGCAGUAACAGUUGGGCGGAGAGCGAGUUUACUUUGAGCUUGCAGAGUUCAGGUGGAAACGACGGCGUGGAUGUCAAAACGACGAGUUUAGUGAAGGACAAAGUCAGCGAGAAAGUUGGCGGGGAAGUGGGUGAGGAUUCCGUUUCCAUGGCAUGGCCAACCACCACCUCCUCACCUCAGAAUGAUAAGGAGGGAUGGCUGAAUAAUAAAGAGGAGAAGGAACAGUUUAGUCCAGUGUCCGUACUGGAUUGUCCAUUUGAAGACGAAGAUGAUGACCAUGCUCGCUCACCCUUCAGUCGUAGCCUUGCAUGCAUGCAAGGUACUCAACAAAAACUUAUGAGAAAUAUCAGACGGAUCGAAAACCUAGCUCAACUGGAAGUGGACUUAGAGCAACGAAUGAAAGCGAUAAUGGAUUCAGAGGCUGAAGCCGAAGCACCCGCAUCACUCAUGCAUACUGCAAAUUGGCAUGCAGAGCAAGUUAACAAGACGGAAGAAAAAACAUCAGAUAAACGGGCGAGCUUGAAGGCAGAAAAGGUAGUGAUGGAUUUGUGCAGGGAGACAAUCGUUGAAAAAAACAGUGACGAAGGCGGGGUGAUGCGAGAGGCGGUGAAGGCGGUGGAGGAUUGGAUAAAUGGUGAGUCACAGGAGUUGCAGUUGGGAUGGGAGGUGGAAGAAGGAAGAAAAGUGUAUGUGAAAGAUAUGGAAAAUGAGUGGGGGAGUUGUAGAGAGUUGGAUUGUGAAAGACAGGAGGUGGGUUUGGAGUUGGAGGCUGAGGUUUGGAAUUCUUUGCUUAAAGAAUUAUUACUUGAUUUGGUUAUCUAGCUAGUUAAACGGUGUCGUAUUCAAAGACAGGUCAUUGGCUUGAAAUGACUUACAUAUAUAAUGUAACUUCCAGCUUCAAGCAGGAUCCUAGAGAGAUCAGUUUUGUUGAAGUUUUAUUAUUGUAAAAAUUCCUAUGGCAUGCCAAUAGAUUAAAAAUUGGAGAAAUUAGGUUUUGGAAACUAGAGAGAUCAGUUUUGUUCAAGUUUGUCGCUUAACAGAUUCGAUGUACGUUGAUUCUUCCAUUAUUUUUCAUGUUACAUCAGUUGGUUAAGAUCUAUAUGAUUAGGUAUUACUCUUCCCUGA